ACCCGUCGUCUUCGAGCUUCUCUCUUUCGCCCCCACGAAUUCUUCUCCUUUGCCCCGCUGCCACGAAACCUCUUCCAGCCGACGGAAGUUUGCUGUGUUCCCGCGAUUCCUCCUCUCCAAAACCAAUCGAUUCGUUGAGACCCUCGUCUCCCGUGGCUCACCGAGGUUGCUGCACGACGCAACCCAAUCAAUGGCUGCAAAACUUAUUGCCAACUUAAUUAUAAUGGGCUCUGGUAUUUUGGGAAGGGCUGUGUUGCAAGCAUAUCGUAAAGCAUUGGAAAAUGCCAAUAAAAAUGGUGUUGCACAUGAGGCAAUUAACAAUAUCCGCAGAGCAAGUAGGGCAAUGACCGAACAGGAAGCUCGACAGAUCUUAGGGAUAUCUGAGAACUCGUCAUGGGAAGAAGUCAUGCAGAAAUAUGAUGUCUUAUUUGAGAACAAUACUAAAACCGGGAGCUUCUACCUCCAGUCGAAAGUUCAUCGGGCAAAGGAAUGUUUAGAAGCUGUUUACAAGGAGAAUAAUCAGGGAUCCAGUUGAAACCCAAAUUAAUGCCUUCAUUCUUUUCACGAAACAGCUAUACGUGUUUUUCUUUUACUCUGAAAGCUCUCAUUCCUUGUUGUUACGUAUGAUGAAUAACAUGAUGUAUAUCCACACCCCCCCUCACCUUUUGUAUCUCGAAACAGGUGGAAGUGUUUGACUUUUCCCCUUGUAAUUAGUAUGACCAAAAAUCAACAGGAGACUAAACAACCCUUUUUUCUUUAAAAAAAAAAGGGGGUUAUUUUGAUUGCUUACA